AUGAAUAGCGAGGGCCAGCACUGUGCGGUGAAAGUGAUCGACCUGGAGCAAAUGACCGACACGACGAAGCGGAAAUUCCUGCCGAGGGAGAUUGACACGCUGAUAGAGUGCCGCCACGAGAACCUGAUCGCCGUCUACGACAUCUUCCGGGCUGCGAACAAAAUUUUCAUCUUCAUGGAGCUGGCCAUCAAUGGCGACCUGGCAGCGUACGCCCGCAAGCACAAGGGCGUCCGGGAGGAGCUGGCUGUCAACUGGUUCUACCAGACCACCUGCGGCCUCGCCUACCUCCACGAGCAUUUGUGGACGGUGCACCGGGACAUCAAGCUGGACAAUAUUCUUCUGGAUGGAAAUUGGAUUGCAAAGCUCACCGACCUGGGCUUCGCCAAGCAGUGCCUCCGCUCCGCCGACGGCAGUCUCAUUCUCUGCAAGACGGUCUG